UGUUUCAGGUGUUAUCGAUGGCUCCUGAACAGCCAGGACCAGAGGAUGAGCCUGGAGUAGCCCUCAGUGCCAAUAAUUCUCUCGCCAUACCUGUCACACUGCUCUUAAUACCAAACAUAUUACUACAAUAGAAUGUGUAAUGUUUCAGGUGUUAUCGAUGGCUCCUGAACAGCCAGGACCAGAGGACGAGCCUGGAGUAGCCCUCAGUGCCAAUAAUUCUCUCGCCAUACCUGUCACACUGCUCUUAAUACCAAACAUAUUACUACAAUAGAAUGUGUAAUGUUUCAGGUGUUAUCGAUGGCUCCUGAACAGCCAGGACCAGAGGACGAGCCUGGAGUAGCCCUCAGUGCCAAUAAUUCUCUCGCCAUACCUGUCACACUGCUCUUAAUACCAAACACAUUACUACAAUAGAAUGUGUAAUGUUUCAGGUGUUAUCGAUGGCUCCUGAACGGCCAGGACCAGAGGAUGAGCCUGGAGUAGCCCUCAGUGCCAAUAAUUCUCUCGCCAUACCUGUCACACUGCUCUCAAUACCAAACACAUUAUUACACAUCAAGGAAGGAGAUGGGGCAUCUGAAGAGCGCUCAGAGAAGAGUGGUGAAGAUGAUGAUUUAACAUCUUUAACUUGGCUCCAAGACAAGAAUUUGCUCAAAGGUAUAAACUUGCGUACAAAUGGUACUGGCGUUCAGGAGUCGCCCACCAGUGACUAUGUGGAUGAUAGUGCGAGCGAACGAGACUCGACAUGUUCAAGCAUUAACUCUGCCAGUCCCACACCUCCCCCCACCACUGUGCCUGCUAUCAAGAACAAACAUCCACAUCAUAUUCCGUAUGAUCCACAGAUACAUACGACUUCAAAGCCUCCCUACUCUUUUUCGUGCCUAAUCUUUAUGGCCAUUGAAGAAGCUCCUGGUAAAGCUCUUCCGGUUAAGGAAAUUUAUGGAUGGAUUCUGGAACACUUUCCUUUCUACAAGAAUGCUCCUACUGGCUGGAAGAACAGUGUCAGACACAAUCUUUCCUUGAACAAGUGUUUCCGGAAAGUGGAUAAGGCUCCGGCUAAAAGAGUUCAGAGUAAUUUCUUACACAAAAAUUCUACUAUUAUGCUUCAGAACUUGGGAAAAGGCUCUCUAUGGAUGGUAGAUCCACUGUAUCGUUCUAAUCUCUUACAAGCACUGCAGAAAGCUCCAUACCAUCCUUGCACUUCUCUGGAUAAGGCGAACAGGACUCCACCAACUCCCACCAGCCCAGUACACAAGCCUGCAGUCCCCAAGGUGAAUGGCAGUAGCCGCCUACCUGAUCCCGAGUUGUUCCCGUACCUGGCCCGCCGCCUGGCCGCAGUGGAAGGCUCGGACCCUCUAGAUGAUGUGGACGCUGCUGCCGCCAUGCUGGAACUCAAACAUGGCCCCAACGCUAGAGCAAACAUCUCCAUGCGCAGAGCAGAUGAGUACCAUCGCAGGCUGGGAGCGCAUCUUGUACAAAAUACUCGUGGAGCUAAGAGAAAAAUAAAAAUUGAGGCUGGGGAUGCAAUGCUUAUCACUUCGUCACCUAGUGAAGAUCACACGUACAGCAGUGCCGAACCUUCUUCCACUACCACUGUCAAGAGUGAACCUGCUUCUCCAGAUGAAGCAUUUGCAGAAGGUUCUGAUUCAGACUCAAGCUGGAACUUACCUGUGAAGUUGGAAGUAGACUGCACUGAUAUAGAAGAGCAGCGGAAGAUAGCAGAGGGUGCUGAUGCACUGCUCAAUCUAGCAGGAAUAACAACACAACAGACUCCACCACCAACUCCUCUGAAAAAGCAAAAUGCUCCAUUUCGCCCGAGGCUGCUGCGAAAAACUCCCCCUGCCAAACACCGACGUAACGAGUCCGAUAUCAGUGGACUCAAGAACCGAUGGAAACCAGGUAUCAUUACAGAGAACAACAAUGUAAUUGAACAAGAUAGGAAACGUGACGAGUACCAACCUCCGACGAAAAUAAGAAGGAAAUCGUCGUCUGGCUCUGGUAAAAGUUUAGGCAAAUUUAAAAGGUAGGAGUAAUGUGAGGUCAUUCCAUUGAGCGUAGUCUUCUUUGUAGCGUGUUUAUUUCCAGGUGGUAGAAACGAAUUGUGAUGGGACUCAAGAAACAUAUGUUGUUUUUUAGGUAUCUAGCUUUAGCAAGCGUAUUUUUAUUGAUUUAACACAGUUGUUUUGUGGAUUGUUUUCUUCCAGUCACUAACGAAACCCAGUUAGUAGUACAAAGACGGUAGCUAUUCACAAUCUAGUUUGUCUGGUCUCAAUAUUGUUAUGACCAAUAAUAGCAAGUGAGCUUCCGCCUAACUUAUAUUUAAUAAAAGCUAUGCUUAGUAAUAGUUUGUGUGACAAUGAAGGUUAGAUCAUUUAAAAUGGAGUAUGUUAUUUCACAAAUUUUUAAUUUAAUUUAUGAAUUUUUUAAAUUUUUAGUGGGUGAUGAAUGCUUACAUUUCAAUUUGUUUUUAAAACUAUUAACAGAAGAAAUUACAUGAAGCUGUGUUCAGCAUUUAAACUUGAAUUAAAAAUAAAAUUAAUAAAUGUGAAUAUACUUAUGUUGGUAACAUUCUAGAUACUGGUAAGGGAGAUUGUAUUUUCUGAAAGUCUUCUACAGCAAAAUUGUCUCUCUCUCUCUCUCUCUCUCUCUCUUUUUUUUUACGAAGAAGUUCUUAAAAAUGUAUUUAUUUAGCAUAAAUACUUAUGCUUUAAUAGUAAAAUAUUUACUAUUAAGCAUAAGUAUUUUUUCCUAUUUUAUACAUUUUUGCGUACAUGUUAAGUUGCAAAUGUUUUCAUCUGACAGUGUAAUCAUCAUAACCUUAAGGUCUCAAUUUUUGUUGUUACUUUCUUAAUAAUUUUUAUAUUUAAAGAACUUGAAAUUAUAAAUAUAUAAAGAAACAAAUUUAUUUAUAAAGGGUGCCCUAAGAACACGUAAUAUGGUAACAUUGUAUUUGGAAUUCCUAAAAUAAGUAACUGUUUACAUAUUUUGAUACAAAAUUUAUUUUUACGGUUGAGAUAUUGAAAUGGAAUAAUACAAAAUUAAAAUAUAACUACAGAUUAACAAAAGUAGAAUUGUAAUUCUAGUACAUUGAAGUACAAAUAUAUUUUUUUCAAUGUCAUAUCAAGCAUUUAAAACAAAAUGUGAUUUACUUGUUUUAUUAUUUUUAAUACUUACAUGGAAUUGUUUUAGUAAAAUAUUUAAUUCCGUUAAUUUUGUGUGAUAACAGUUUUUUUUAAAUAUUGUAGUACUUUGUAAGAUUGUUUUUAUUCCCUAUAAAGCAAAACAUAUUGAAGUAGAAAUAUUACUGUAUUAGUGUAUCACCCUUGUUUUAUUUCUUGUAAUGUAAAAAAAUAAAUGAAUAAAAAAUUGUUUGUGCACGUUAUAUAUAAUAAACAUUAUUUAAGCAGGUUUUUAUUUAACGAAAGCACACAGCAUAUAUUGAGAAUUAUGUACCAAAUUGAAACAAUACUUUUUAAUGUUUUAGUACAUUAAAAUUUAAAACAUGUAACUGACUAGAUAAAACAGCCAGCUUACUAACAGAACAAGAAUAAACAGACAAGCGAGCUAACAUCUUCUGCUUUAUCAAUGAGCUAAUUCAAUACAUUGUGUACGUUCUAUUCAUUAAUUGUGACUUUGAUAUAACACUCCAACGAACGUCUCAGAAUUAGCAGAAUCCAUAAAAAUGCCAAUAUUAUAUCAUUUAGCUGAAGAAUUUAAUCAUGUAUAAGUGCAAGAUUUGUGUUUAUGCAUAAUUUUAUGGUUAAAAAACUGUGGGAUCUGCCCUCGAAAAUUUUUACACAUUAAAAACUAUACCAGGUAAAGUUGUAUAUAACCAUAAUAUUAAUGAAUCUGAUGUCUAAUUCAGAUGGGUAGAAGUAAAGAGGUAGGAAUAGUAAGCGUUCAUCACCCAGAUUUUUGUUGUGUAAAACUAAGUAGGAAUGAUCAGCAAUUUCUGUGUCUUAACUACACAAGUGUGAUGCCAAACAUAAGUGUGCUGUGUAUUUUUCUAUCACAAGUCUAUAGCAAUAACUCAUUCUGUCUAUGUACACAAGCUUUGUACACAGAGUUAUUUUCAGAUUUGGUAAUAACCAAAAUCAAAAAGGCAGUGUUUGAUGUGCUUUUCUAAUCAAAACACUUUCAAUAUUGUAAUUCAUUACGUUAUCCAUACAACAAUAAAUUUUGUAAUCAUUUUUACAUGACAUUUGUCUUUAUUUUACAGAACAUCUCUAUGAGUAUGUAUUUGAUUGUACGUUAUAUUAAUACAUUUUUGAAAUGUAAAUUCUUAAAUGACAAUAAUUGAGAUUUGAAAGAUACUUUAUUUUAUUCACAUGUUAAAAUGUGACCUCACGUUUUUGAAUUUUAAGAUGGAAAACAAAUAAGUGAUUUUAGAACUUUAAUUUCCAUAUUGGUUCCAUUACUACACUUUGUUGGUACAUUUUACGAUGGUCUGAGAUGAGCUGCAAACACCUUCUUUAAAUUUGAUUAGUUAAAUGAGCUUGGACCAAUUAAUGAGUGUUUUGUCAGACAAUUGUAAUGCUGGUACGAUUUGCCAGUACAGUGUAAAACUAUGCAAGACCUGUAGUCUAGCUGUCUUAACUAUAUAUGCAAUUUUCUAUAGGUAAUUUAACCAUCUGUGUUGGAAAGCAUAUUUUUAUAUUUAUGUAAUAUUAUGGAAUACAUAUUUUGGUAGUCUUAUUGUCAAGGCUUGUCUGGCAUUUGUAUGAUCUGUUGUAGACAACAUAUACUUGUUGUAUCGUCAUUAUUAUUUGACUUUUAACAUGUUAUGUUUGUGAAACUUAUUUUCAAUGAUACCACGUGUUAAUAGUAAUAUGUAAAGGAUAAUACAUAAGUCAACAAGAGAUUUCAAGAGUUCUUACAUGGUGUUGAAGAUAGUUUUCAAUUGUAAAAAGUUAUCUGCAUUUUGGUUUUAAGGUUAUGUAUAGUUUUGUCCUGUGACACCAAUAGAAACAUGUAAAUGGUGAGUGCCUCACCGGUCAGCAAUAAUGAACCAGUUUCCUGAUAACUGUAUAAUACUCUGAGAAAGUUGUUCUAAUUGUCUCUCUAGGUUAGUUUUAUUUUAGUUAGUAUUUUACAAAGGUGAUUGUAUUCAACUAUUUGUAGGUUUAUUUUUAUUUUGACCAUUAGUUUCUAUAUCUAUUGCAUUGUAGUAUUGAAUUUACAGGAUACAACAUGCACAUUAAUUACAGGUAAAAUAAUUGUUUAACAUAGUUAUAUUUUAUAAAGCACAGACAUGAUUUUAUGGACUGAUGUAUGACAGCUGAAUGAAUGUUUCACACCAGGCUAAAUGAAUAUUUUUAUUAUAUCAGCAUUAUUUUGUAAAAAUACCACUUUUGUUAUAGAUGAAAUGUUAUGCAGUGCCUGAAAAGUAUAAUUUUUUUAACUAACAAUCUGAAUUGACAUUAAUAUCUUACUAAAAUAGACCCUACUUAAUUAAUAAAUCAAAAUCAUACUCUCUCAUGCUCCCUUGUGUUCUUUUUCAAUUUUAAAAACACAAUUUUCUUUACGGUGAAUGGACUAUAAAGCUCUACUCUGGAAUUAAUUGUUUAUUACAUUUAAGUUUGAACAAAGAUACAGAUGUUUCUUAUUUUCUCUCUCUUUCUACAACUGCCUCCUUACUCCACUAAUCUGUGUUCCAGAACAUCAGUACUGGCUGAUCAGUGUUCAGUAUUUCUCGGUUUUGUUACUUAAAAUGUAAUACAGUGAAAUGAGGUAAAAAUUAUUAUUUUUUUAAUGAUACAUUAUUGUACAAAUUGCAUUAUCAGACUAUAAUUUGUAAAAAAUAGAACUAUAUCAACAAAUAAAAUAUUAACGUAUCAACAGAAUAUAAAUAAUCAUACUUUAUUAGAGUAAAAACCAUUUAAAUUGUAAGUGCAAAACAUUUUUUAAUAUUUAUUUGACUUUUAUACCCAUAUUAAUGAUUUAAAAGCAGCUCUAAUUCAUAGUUAUAACAACAGAAUGAACGCUGUUUGCACCAUUUGUGUGAGGAGCUACAGUCCAAGUCAUUCAUGAAUACUACAAUGCAGUAGAAUAUAAUUACAUUGUUUGAACCUGAUUGUGCCAAACUGUUGAAAUGAAUGUUGAUUAAUGAGAUACCAUGAGUUAUUACAUUAUGUGUAAGUUAUUCAAUGAUUCAGAGUUUAUUGUAUAAAUUGUUGUUAUACUUAAACAAUGUUUACUACUAGUAGUCUCCCAAUUUUGUUUCAGUGUCAGUUGGGCCACAAUACAAAACGAUAGUAUCAAUGGGAACAUACAUUAUGUGGGAGCAACAAUGAUAAACAUUACAUUUUUAGUAAUUAAUUAGUUACAUAGUGCAGCAAAUGGUUAAAAAUUAAACUAGGCAUUUUUUAUCUAUAUAAAUACAAAUUACAAAAAUGCUUGAAUUUUGUAUAAGUAUUUUUUUAACCUUUAGGAUGAAUUAUGGUUGCUAUUGAGUUUUGUGCACUAAAUGUGUUAAUUCUCCAAAAGUCCAGUCAAAAAGCCAAAGUGCCUAGCCUGUUACAUUUAAGUAUUUAAAUAAUAUUUUAACCCUUUCCACUUAUAAUCUUCUGUCAUUGUAUAAAGUACAUCCUAGAACUCCUUCCAAACAACCUCCCCUCUAAAAUCAUCUCGGCUCUGAAAUUCCUUGAUAAAGGAAGAUUUUUACUCGUCUUUAUCAACUUUAAUAGAAUUGAAUAUUAGUUCUUGACUGAAAAUCGUAAUUUCCAAUUAAUGCAAUUACACAAUUUUUGUCUGAUCUUAAUUCGCUAAUAACUGUGCAUAUUUAAUUAAAACAGUGAAAACUCACUUUGGAGUGGGUAUAACUGAACUUAAAUUAGAUAAAAGAACACCCUUUUCUGAUAAUACAAAAACUAAAGCAUAUCUGUUAAAUUAACACUGGUUAAGAUUAUGUUAACAAGGUUAGUAUGAUACUUAGUUUGUAUGAUGAUCAAUCUCCAGUCCCAUUGUAAAGUUAUCUUCACCAGACAUCAGUUUAUAAACAGUAAAGGCAGGCUUUGGCUUUUGUUAAUCGUAAUAAAACAUCAAAAACACACCAACGUUAAUUUAAUAUUAGCGUGUACUGGAAUCUAUGUAUUAAGUUGUCAAACAUUUUCCAAGCUAUAGGCUAGAAAAGAUUUGUGAUCAGUUUGAUUUUUCAAACUGCUUUUUAUUGUUUUUAUUUAUGUAUACAUUGUUCAAACUAAACCAGAUUUAAUUUUUACACCCCUUUAACAUUUUGUACCUGUUUUGAAUGCUCUUUGUACUUUUUUUGAUUAACCCCUUUCAAAUAUAAUAACAAUAUUAUGGUUACCUUACAUUUUGUAUGCUUCCCAUGUGUUCAGAUUUUGUAUUGCCAAACAUGAUGAAACAAAUUUGGCAACAAAUUUCCCAACUGACCACAAACAUCAAAUUAAAAUUAAGCGUCAUAUAGAAACAUACUUGCAACACAAGAUAAAAUACUCUUACCUUUUUUUCACCAUUUGGUAUUUAUUUUUUAAAUGUGUAUUAUUUUAAAAGAGUUAUCUGGUUUUUUUAAGAAUUUUCUAAACAGAUAUUGCAAAAUGUUUUGUUAAUUGAGUUAAGUGAAAAUAUAUAGGUGGGCAAAUUUGCUGAAAACAGCAGUUGUUGUAAAAAUAUCUUGCCCCGAUGUGGAAAUAGCCUUAACUAUCAAACUGUAGCCUAAUCAAAACUGAAAAAGGUAGAAGUAGUUACAAUGUUUUGAUUACAUUAUGUAAUAAAUUUUAGUGUUUUGUAGAUAGAUAAUUAGAGAAUCUUGACAAUCUUUUCUUAGGAGUUUGAUAUGAAAUGUAUACCAUUGACUGGUCCGUACUCCGUUCUUGUAGUUCUAUUCUUACCUAAGUUCCAAAUUUCCUGUGGGACUCGCCCUGUCUUCCUGCCCAGAUGCCAAAACCCUUCUUGUACAAAUGUACAUUAUAUAUUGUAAAUAUUGUUGAAACUGUUUAAUUUGUAAAUCUUAUACAAUAAUUACGUCUUUUAAAAAGACUUACAAUAAUGUUUGAACUUUUGUUUGGAUGAAUAACUGUGGUGGAAGUUAUUGAUUUUUCUGCGCUAUUUACACAACUUGUUAUUAGGGUCGUUAAUAUUAGAGCAUAUUUAUUAUAUUUUAAUUAAUAAUUGUGUACAGUAAAAUUUUCAUUUUUGUUAGCAUUUUCUUAUUUGAAUACUCUUUAAAGUUCAUUGAAUCUUUAAAACAAUUUUAAAAUUCUCAAUUGUUUUUAACUUAGGUUAAUUCUUUCUUUGUGGUUGUUUAUUUAGAUAAUUAUUUAUUAAAAUACUUUGAUGUAUAUUUUGUUACAGUUAUUUCUAAGCCCACUGUAUAUUUGCUUGAUAAUAUAACCUCCCAUUUUAACGAUGGUUUUAAAACGGAAAAUAGUUUUAGUUAGUUGGUUGUUAAAUGUAGUAGAUCUUAAGUAAUUAACUUAUUUAAAUAUUUUUGUUUGAGUACUUAAUACAACAAUGCAACACGUUAAAUUAGUAGAGAUUGAUAAGAGAAAAUGAAAAAUAAUGUAUCAUUGAAAUAUCACCAGUAGCUUUUGACAGUCUUUUUGUUGUGAGCUAAUACGCUUUCUGCUGUGUUGUGUUAUGUUUAGCAUUUACAAAUUCUCAUUUUAUGUCUUGCAUCAACCUUCAUAUUUUUUAUAUAAUUAGUCCAUAAUUGCGCACAUUGUUCAACGGAAAUAUUAACAUGUAAAACACAAAAUAUAAUUAAAGUUAAUUUUCAUGUUAAAGAGGCACUUGUACUUGUGCCAUCUUGAUUUUGUCCCAUAAAAAUCAAUUUUAUUCUAUAAACUAUUUUAAUACAUUAAUUUUGAUCAUAUAAUCUUAUGAGGUAUGUUGUUUAAAGUAUGAUUUGACUAAAAUGUCUGGUUCAUUUAAAAAAAGGCUUGUACUAAAGCAUUUUUGUAACUUGUAAGUUACGUCAGAAUGUUUUCAAAAUUUAGGCAUUUAUAUAUAUUUUUUUUUUUUUCGGUAAAUGUAUUAGACAAACUAAAAGGCAUUUAGAUCCUUAUAAAUUAUACAUUCAGUACAAGGCGUAUAUUGCAAAUAACACUAUGAUCAAAAUAAAGGGAAUAAAAAAAUCUAUAAUUUAACAUUGGUAGUUAUGAAACAAAACUCGGGUAAAGCAGUAUAACUGUUUCAAAAUUAUCCACAUACAUGUCAAUGUAGGCCUAUUGUACAUAAAAAUUUUACCAAUGCCAAAAUAGUGCAAGUAAUUUAGUCCAGUAGUAACAGCCUGAGGUUUGGACUAGAGAUAAUCAAUGUUCAACAGAAUCAUUACUGGAAUUGUACUUUCCUGGGUGAACAAAGCUGAGUACUAGACAAUUGUUGUAGGAAUAGUUUUUCUCCUAUGUAAAGCUCUCAAAUCUGCUGUUGUCCAGAUGUCUAUGGCUGGGGAAUAAUAAUAACCCUGGGGUGGAUUUCAGUUAAGAUAUCAAAGUUAUUUGGCUUCUUUGAAACCUCAGUAGUGCUUUAGAAUGCUUUCUUCUUUCCCGUCUUAUAAAUGAAUAGUAAAACUAGAACAAUUCAGAUCACUUGAUUGAAGAGCUACACCACACUACAGGUUUUUGUCAAGCCAUUUUAUGCAAUGAUGGGCUAGGCGUUGCUCUUACAGUUUUCACUGUCCUCGGUUUGAUACUGGACAGGUUGUAAUGCUUGUGUAAAUCAUCGUUACAUCGACCUUACAUUCUGAUUCCUAGUAUGCAUUAACAAUAUGGGUGACCUCUGUUUCACUUCAAUCCUGAAUAGGAUUUAUUUUGUUCAGACUCGAGUUAACAAGAGGAAGGUGAUGAUAUGUUCAGUACCAGGCUGGUUGUCAUUUGUCAGAGACUGCCUCUCACAUGAUCCAGGUAGUUGCCGCAAAUUGUAUGCAACAUGGUAGCUGCAACCUGUAUCUGAUGCUUAUUGGAUUGUGGGAUAAUGUUUUAAUACUGAUAAAAACGCUGUGUUUACUAUGGUCUGUAAAAUUGAUAAGGACUUACCGUCUCAUGUAAAUUUUUCAAGCAUCAUUAGCAAGUGUGGAGUCCCUGUUGUAACAAAAGGAAAUAUUAUCAUCUUAGGCAUCGAAUUCUUGGUAGGUUUCCACUUAGCUUAGUGGAAUCAUCAUGUCGGUUCUGCCUUGAAGCUGUAUGAACUUCACUUGAUGAACCAGAAUAGUUAUCCUCCAUAUCUCUCAAUUGUGGGGGACAGGUGAUUAGAAGACAAUGUUGUGAGUACUAGUGCUAUUUCUUUGCUUUACUUUUCUACUUACAUACAUUUUGUAUGCCACUAUGUUCAUGUGGCUAGGAAUUUUUAAACAGAAAAAGAACGAGAGCCACCAGGAAGGAAAGUCAAAGCAGGAGGAUAAAAGCUCGAGAAGACUGCAUUCUCCCAGUCAAGCAAUUUUUGGGAUCUUGUCACACAUCUUUUCAAAAGAACGAGACCCACCAGGAAGGAAAGUCAAAGUAGGAGAAUAAAAGCUCGAGAAGACUGCAUUCUCCCAGUCAAGCAAUUUUUGGGAUCUUGUCACACAUUUAGCUAAAUCAAUUUUCAUAAAACAUCAAGUUUACUAAUAUAGAUUCCCCCUUAAAAGUCUGCUGAUCGCCGAGGAUAAAAAUUAGGAGAAAAGUAACUGGUAUGGUUGUAGGAUUGGAUAAGUAAACAAUUUUGUCUUGGAAUUAUAAUUCCAAAAUCCAUAACUUUUAUACUGUAGUCCUCAUGCAGCAGAACUUAAGCUGUACCUGCUGAGCUUUACAUAGGUGAAAACUAUGCUGUUCAUAAAUUUUGAAUGCCUGAAUUUUAUUUCAUUAGUGAGAGAUACAUAAUCAAAACUAAUAUUGAAUUAACAAUGUAAUUGAAUGUCAGUGGACUUUAACUUUAUAUACACGUAUUGGAAGCAGAUUGGGAUUUCAGUUAAAACCAGUGGUUAGACUUUAAAAUGUGUAACAAAUCCAUAAUUGGAGAUUCAUAUGUUUAUUUAAAAUAUAGGACUAUUCAAAUUAUAAUAUGAAGUGUGUUCAUUUGUGCUGUUCAUAUGUUGGUUCACUUUUUCCUGCAUUCGGAUCUAUGUGAAUUUCUUUAAGUAACUUGCUACUAAUUUGUUGAAAAACAUUAAUUUAAAGUCGUUAUCCUUUAUAAUCCAUUAGCUUUGUUUUAUAAACAUAAAACCAUGAAAUUGUGGUUUAAGAAUAUAUUGACAGCAUUACUUCAAAAUCAAAUGUUUUAAGACUAUUAGGUCACUAAAUAGAUUUUUUGUCAAAAUCUGUUUAUUUUACCCUGAUAAUAAAAGUUGACUUUCAACAUUAAAAUAUAUAUUCAUAUAAAAGUUCUAGACUUACCUAAACAGUUGUAUUUGUGCACACUUUUAUGUAGGUAGCUAUAAAAAGGACUUUGUGUUUAAGGGAAUGUUUAUAAAAAUGUGCACAGUUAGCGAUUUUUUAAAUUCCUACUUUAAAAUAAUGUCUAUUUUUUAUAUAAAUUCAUCAGAGUAAAACACAAGUGUUAUUUUUUUGUUUUAUUUAACACAUUCUUCAAUAUGAAUGUUUGUGGUUAAUAUUUAAACGUGCUUCUUAAUUAUUUAUAUUGCUAUGAAAAUUUCACUUAAAUUAUCGCAACUGUAUUAGUAUAGGCUAAAUUGACACUUAUGAACAUUACUUUUUAUAGGCUGAGUAUCAGGAUAAAAUAAAAUAAAAUCCAUUUCGUGGCCAAAGCUCUUAAAAGAUAAAUUCUAGUUGUUUAUAAGAUUCUAAAUUCUAUCUAUUGUCAAUUGCUGUUUCUUAAAUACCAUAUAAAGCAAACUAUUCUUCUAUAAACCUAUUGUCUUCCAAAUAAUAACAUUUAAAAUGCCCCAAAACAGUUGGCAUCUUUAUUCCAAUUGCCCAUAGAAGGUAGAUUAGAUUUAUCUUUUUACUGUACAAUGCCAAGCUUGGCACUUAGUAUUCUAAAUAUGUGUUCACAUCAUGUAAAUAGUUAAAUUUUUGAUUUGGGCUUCUGUAAGUCUCUGGACAGUAGCUAUUCUGUUAUGUCCAGAGAGAUAGUGAUGAAAUUAUUAAAUAAAGCAAUAAUUAUUAUGUAACUAUCGUAAUAUUUAUAAGACUUGUUUGUUUCUCUUAGUAUAUAUAUAAAUAUAUAAUGAAAUAUAAAUAUUACAUUUAGA